GAGUGGUUCUACCCAUAAAAAGGAGAAACCAACGAGGAAGCCCCCCCACCACACCCCCUCCCGGGGAAAUAUGCAGUAGUUUGGUCAAAAGACGGAAAGUUCUGGAAGAGAGAAAAAAAAAGACAGCGGGAAGAUCAACAUUUAAUCAGCAAAGACGAGAGCCUUCAGCCCGCGUCGGACGGAGCUCAGCCUGUCGUGUAUGUGUCAGCCUGAUCGCGUGAAGCCACGUUGCUGAGGCAUGAACGUGGGAAGGGCCCACCAGCACAGUUUCUUACCGUGUGAAGAGGAAGGCCUGAGACUGAGCGGCAUGCCUGCCGUGGGGAGCUUCGGCAAUGGCAAGAUCCACACCAGACGCCAACGCUACGGCCGCUUCGUCAGCAAGACGGGCCAGUGCAACAUUCACUUCUCCAACAUGGACGACAAGUCGAGUCGUUACAUCUCGGACAUGUUCACCACUUGCGUGGACAUACGCUGGCGCUACAUGUUCCUGAUCUUCAGCCUGGUGUUUGUGGUGUCCUGGCUGAUGUUCGGCCUGGCCUUCUGGGUCAUCGGCCUCCUGCACGGCGACAUGGAGCUUCCCGCCGAGGACGAAACGUUCGUCCCGUGCGUCACCAAGGUGAACACCUUCGUGGCCGCUUUCCUGUUCUCCGUCGAGACGCAGACCACCAUCGGGUACGGAGCCCGCUGCGUGACGGAGGAAUGUCCCGCCGCCGUCUUCAUGGUGGUCUUUCAGUCGAUCGUGGGCUGCGUCAUCGACGCCUUCAUGAUCGGCGCCAUUAUGGCCAAGAUGGCCAGGCCUAAAAAGCGAGCGGAGACUCUCCUGUUCAGCCGCAACGCCGUCAUCGCCAUGCGCGACGGAAAGUUGUGCCUCAUGUUUCGGGUGGCCAACCUGAGAAAAAGCCACAUCGUGGAGGCUCACGUCCGAGCCCAGAUGGUCAAGCCUCGUUACACGGAAGAAGGCGAGUACAUCCCCCUGGAUCAGAUCGACAUGAACGUCGGCUACGACAGAGGCACCGACCGCCUCUUUCUGGUGGCGCCCAUCACCGUCAUCCACGAGAUCGAUGAAGAAAGUCCACUCUUCGGCAUCAGCAAACAGGAUCUGGAGACGGCGGACUUUGAGAUUGUCAUCAUACUGGAAGGUUUGGUGGAAGCCACCGCCAUGACGACGCAGGCGCGCAGUUCCUACCUGUCGUCGGAGAUCCUUUGGGGUCACCGCUUUGAGCCGCUCAUCUUUGAGGAGAAGAGCCAGUACAGAAUCGAUUACGCCUUCUUUCACAAGACCUUCGAGGUACCGUCCACCCCGAGGUGCAGCGCCAGGGACAUGGAGGACAGGAAGUUCCCGAGGUCGGGCGCUAGCUCCUUUUGCUAUGAGAAUGAGCUGGCUUUCAUCGGCAGGGACGAGGACGAGGAGGAUGAGGAGGCGGACUUUGACAAAGACGAAGACAGACAGUGUUCCACGGCGCUCCUGGAUGAGCAAAGCACCUCCGAACGUGAUCAGAAAUCAUCCAGUGUAGAAUCGGAGAUUUGAACUCGACAUUUACAGAAAUUCAGUGUAUG